AUGUUCAUUUUAGACGAGCAAGAAGAUUAUCUCAAGAAUCCAUUCUUUGUGAAACACGAAUAUGGUGAUUUUACUCCAUUUUUAUGUUACCUGAUAUUUGCAUUCAUAUGCAUCUUAAACAUUGCAUUUUGUUGGUAUUCCCAUUACAGAUUAUUCGCAAAGUAUACUGUAUUACCAUAUAAAAUACCACCUUUGGACUUCAGUGAGCAGAACCGGGACAUCUUAAGGCACAAAAGAAGCAAGAAGUUUCAAAGCCAUAUGAAAUCACAUCACAGGAAUAUAUGGAGUUGCAAAAAUGUGAAAAUGAAAUUUAGAUAUUGGUAUUGAUAUUAUGCAUGUAUACAAAUUCAUAAAUUCUUAAGAGUAUCUCCAUCGAAGAACAUUGUUUUACAAUCAUACAAACUGUUCUAUUAUAACAGCCAAAGUUGAAAAAUAGCAAAUGUGCGCGAGAGAAAAUUAUGCAUUUCUGAACUAUAUAUUUUCUACUUGAAUAGAAAAGCGUAUCAAGAUGGGACUGCACAUUUUUUGACCAGCAACCACUUGUUUAA